UACACUUUGAAUUUCGUGUCUUGGGCUGGUUUGCUAUAAAGUUGCACACUACGUAUCGUCUCUCGUCUUUUUUCUGUAUUGUAUUCGAAUUUAUACAAAAAGGAUGGCUUCGGCUAAGCAGUCAAAAGAAAAGGAUCCUGCGGAUAUUGUUAAUCAGAACGCAAUUCACAUCGAGACCAUAAAGAAAGAGAAUAGGAGCCAAAAAGUGUACACGCUAUUUAGCAUCAACCCGUACAAAAGACUUCACAUUUUGACUGACAAACCUAUGGCUGGCAACAAGACACACGACAAAGUGCAGGAGGACCCUGCUUUCCUAAGGGCCAUCCACAGGGCUUGUUUGGAGCCAACCAAGAAAUACACUCACCCCCAAACUGAGAGCCAGGAGAUAGGCUGGAUAUCCAGACCUCUGAUGGUUUCAGAUCGCAGCGAUAGAAGACUGAACUGGUCACGGCAGAACUCUGAGAUCACCAAGUACAUGGAUGCAGCAUGGCGUCUCAAAGAACAGACACAGAACCUGGGUUAGAUCUACAGCCUUCAUUAUAACCUGGGUUAGACCUACCAGACUUCAUUAUGAUAACCUGGGUUAGAUCUACAGCCUACCAGACUUCAUUACGAUAACCUGGGUCAUUGGUCUCUUUACUGGAUAAAAAACGAGUGGAAACACAGCUAUGAAG